CAAAUAGAAACAUACGAAGGACCGAGAAAGAAAGAAAGAGCGAGCGGGCAAACCAAACCCUGAUUAUCGAGUUUUGUGAGAUCUGCGAACCAAAAAAAAUACUGGAGAUCUCUUUCUCUUUCACGCCCCAGCAGCGAAACAGAGACGCAGAAAUCAGUUCCAGAGACGAAUCCCUUCUCGAAUCUUCGUAUCUUCCUCUCCCCUUCCCCUCCAUGAGGAUCCGCAAGAGCGCCAAGCUAUGUGGUGGUGGUGGAGCUGCUGGUGGUUCGGUCCUUUUUGGUCUCGACGACAGCUUUCAGACCCACGUGUGCCAGCUGAACCAGUCGCCAUGGGAUGUGAUCCCCUUCGGCUCCGACUCGCCCCUCCAGUUCGACGGAGAGGAAGAUAGCUUGACCGGGAAUGGAAGUCGUGGUGAUUCUGUUGGAGCCGUUGAGAGCGUCGCGUCAAUGAUGGACGCCGACGAUCAGACCAAGCCGCUUCCUAAGAUAGAGGAUAUGGUCGUCGUGCGCGAUAAUGAAGUGAAGGUGCUCGACGAUAUUGACGAGGGAAGAAUCGUCGACGAAACGACUUCGUUUUGCCAGAAAACCGACGGGAAGAAUUGGCAUUGUAAGAACGAGGCUAAACAUGGCCAAUCAUUCUGUGAGCAUCACUUGUCUUUGCUUAGGUCAUAUAAUAACAAUAAUAGCGUUAGCUAUAAUAAUAGCACCACCUCAUCUUCGAGGAAGGCGGCGGCGGCUGCAGCUGCGCCCGGCGCCGGAGCUCGGCGCGCGAAAGCACGUGCCGCGAAGAGAGCUUCUUCUUCUUCUUCUUUAGCUUCUUCGAACCCGUAUGAAUUCUAUUACUAUUCUGGGUUCGGUCCGCUGUGGGGGAAGAGAAGAGGCGAUAGAAAUGGAGAGGGGAGUGGUAAUCACAGGAGCGGCAACGGGCAACUCAGGGGGGCCGAGAAUUCGACGAUAACAGAAGCUGAAGAAGCGAACGAGGAAACUACCCUGAACACUUCAUCGCCUUCUCGUUCGUCUACAUCAUGGCUGAUGGAUAACGAGGAAUUCGAUUACGGGGUGGACGAUGACGAUGAGGAUGAAGAGGACGAGGAAGAAGGCGCGAACGGGGAUAGCGGGAAGAGGCGAAUGAGGAAGCCAGUGAAAGCGAGGUCGUUGAAAUCGCUAAUGUAGGAUUAUAACGGGGUGUUAGAGAGAUGGAGGCUUCGGGAAGUUUAGCGCGCGUUGUUGUGAUCGUAAUUUUCUAAUUUUUCUUUUGAAGAUUUCUGAUUUAGGGUUGUGGAGGAACGAGACUAAUUUUAAGUUUCGCAUGAUGAUGUGGCGCAUCGUAGGUGAGGUUAGGAUUUGUGUGAAAGAGGUGGACCGGGAGGAGUCAAAGUGUUUGAAAUGGGGAGGGGCAGAGUGGUAAACUGGGGUGAUCUAAUUUGUAGUUUGUGGAUAGAGUAGAGAGGGCUUUAACAUGUCAAGAGCUUUAUCAGGAAACAGAGGAUUGGACUUUAUAAAUUGGCAGUUAUAUCCAUGCAUCAGCAUGUUGUGGCCCACCAUAUAUGCCAGCUUAUUAUUGUGAAAGUUGCUUUCUCUUUC